CAAUCACGCACUACAUCGUUUUAGUCGAAAAUGGCGCUUCCUGCAGUUCAAGGUUCUUCCCUGCCUGAGAGCAUAUGUGGCGUGAAGGAUGAACGAGUGCAAGUAGAUCCAACAACUUCUCCUCCAUACCAAUGGAUUUGCUAUCUAUUAAUAGAAAGCGAUGGUAAGAUGUAUAAAGCAAGUGGAUUCAAGAUCCAUCUCCCAGACGUUGGUCGUACUGCCAUUGUCACAAGCGGHCAUUGCACGUUCGUGAAUGGAAAGUACGCUUCCAAGAUCACCGUACAGUUCCCAGGAGAACAAGCGGCGAUUGAAGUUGGACCAAAGGACCUCUAUGCAGCUCCUGAAUAUAGAAAUUCAAGAAGUCCAGAYUAUGACUAUGGCCUUAUUCUCCUUCCAGGAUCUGGCAGGUCUGACAAUGGCUUCGGUUGGUCGGCAAUUGUACCGGAUCNAGAGCUGAACAAUCGUCUUGUAACCAACUGUGGGUAUCCAGGUGAUAAGCCAGAAGGAACCAUGUGGAUCACAGGAGGCAAAAUCUCACGAUACACAGCCAACAGCAUUUUCUACAUGAAUGAUACGAUGGCCGGACAAAGUGGGAGCCCAGUGUACACAUGGUAUGGUGGGUACUGGACAGUUCUCGCUGUUCACAGUUACGGAGGAUGUCCUAACUCCGCUCCACGAUUCACAGUCCAGAUGAUUUACCGUUUUCUGGAAUUUAUGAAGGCCCUGGAGUUAGCAUCGUUGAGGUCUGUAAAAUUUCCCGAUGUCUACCUUCGAUGUGACGGCACAGGAGUAACGAGCUUUUCAUCUGAUGGAGGUGGAACUGUCAACUGCCAGUACAAACCACCCUCGCUUUGGGAGAAAUUCUACAUAUACCCUGUGGAAGUUGCUCCUUCGUCGGCCCUCCAUAGUAGCACGAAAGUGGUGCUAGAAAGUGCAAAGUUCAGGAAUGUGUUCAUCCGCAUGAACGGCAAGGGUAUGGAUGAAAAGGAAGAGUCUGGAGGAGGUGAGGUGAACUGCCAGUAUUCUACUCCAAGCACCUGGGAAUCGUAUUUUCUCAGAAAAGAGCCGAAUGGCAGCUACUCGUUUCGAAAUGUUAAGUUUCCUCACUGCUAUAUUCGCUUAGACGGGAACGGAGUUGAAGCACGGUUACCUUUUGGUGGCGGCACAGUCAACUGCCAGUAUUAUUCUGAUCCAUCUUCUCCAGCAUCAACAUGGGAAAGUUAUCACAAAGAAGUUCAUUAGCUACAACUGGUCAGGUGUGUCUCAUAACAACUGUGGCUCGUGAUGACAAUUUUAUUUUAGCAUGUAUGGAUUUAUUAGCCAACAGUAACUUGUAGUCCUUUUUAGUUUAACAACAAAGCCAGAGCUUGAACAUUCUUAAUUAUUUGUAACUGACACUGUAGUUUUAAACUGUGCCAAUUUUCAAUACUUAUGUGCUCCCUCGGAGCUUUAUUUCUAAUAUAGGUGGUAAUUUUGUUUUGGUUGUUUGUUUUGCUGUCACUUGUAUUAAAUUACUAAGUACAACAAAGUAACCACGUCUAGACCCUUGUGGAUUUGAUAAAGUAGGUAACCUUGUAAUAUCUGUUAUGAGAGGAAUUAGUCCGUAUUUCAAUCAUUUCCGUGUUUAUUCUUAUUUAAAAGCCAACAGUAGAUCUUUAAACAAAGUCAGAACUUUAUCGUUUUAUUUAAGAUUUAUUCGGCUUAGACGUUGUUGCUUGUACAACUGUAAUAUUGCCUGUAAAACACAUGAAUAAUUAAUGAGGAAAACAUGAUAGAAAUCACAAUUGUGAAGAGUGUGGUAAUAUUUGACACAAAACUGUCUUGAUUUGA